UGCUGAUACCAGAAAGUGUCUAGAGAAGAUCACACAUUGAUUGACCUUUUCUACGUGGAGUUAUUAUUGCCAGAUAAUUGUAAUUUAACUCUCAAUUUUGGUUCAUCAGAAUUUUGUUUUGCUCAUCCAUCAUAUUGUAACUUAAAAACAGUUAAAUCUGGGGAUAAAUAUUGCAAUACUUUACUACCAAGUGUUGGUGAGAAUCCUAGCUGACAUUGGUGGACAUUACAAGGAUAAAGAUGGUGACAACUCUACUCUUUAUAGCAUUAGCUCAUCGAAUGGUGUUAUCUUCAUUGGCAGCUGGUGAAGAGAUCAGGCUGGUCGAUGGCACUAAUCGCUGCUCGGGGACAGUAGAGAUUCUUUACAAGGGCCAGUGGGGACGAGUGUGUGGCCAGAAGUGGGACGUAAACGAUGCCAAUGUGGUGUGUGGCCAGCUGGGCUGUGGGAGAGCUGUGAGUGCCAAAGGUAGUGCCCACAUAGGUCAGGGUAGUGGUGGCAGGCCUACUUGGCUGGAUGAUGUUGGGUGUAAAGGCACUGAGAGCUCCCUCACAGAAUGCUCACAUGGAGGAUUGAAACACCAUGACUGUUUACAGGCUCAAGAUGCCAGACUUGUCUGCUCAGUUAAACCUAAUAUCAGACUGGUCAAUGGGAGUGACCUCUGCUCUGGGAGGGUGGAGGUCUAUCAAACUGGUCACUGGCGGACCGUGUGUGACGACGUGUGGGACUUGAAUGAUGCUGCUGUGGUUUGCAGACAGCUUGGCUGUGGGAGAGCUGAUAGUGCCCUAGAGGGGGCCUACUUUGGUCAGGGAAGUGGGCCCAUCUGGCAGGAUGAUGUUGACUGCUCUGGCACAGAGUGCUCCAUCACACAGUGCCCACACACAGGAGGAGGAACACAUAACUGUAAUCAUGGUAACGACGCAGGUGUUAUUUGUUCAGGGGUUGUCUUGCAGAAGCCUUCACUCUCCACAGACCCGUCCUACUCUGCCUUCAUGCAUGGAGAGGAGGUCCAACUCACCUGCACUCUUCCAUCCCGUAUCCUCUGUAAUGCUGUGGAGUUCAUCUUCUAUCUGAAUGGAGACUCCGUCAUGACCGUGACCGUUGGAUCCUCACAGCCCAGGGCUACUUUAACAAAGUUUAAGACGGACGCUUCACACCAGGGCAGUUACAGCUGUCUCUACAGAACCCACUCCAACGGCAAAGCCAUCAGCUCCCCUUACAGCAACGUUACUAAAGUGGUCCUGCUACAGCCCAACAUCUCUCUUAGUCCUCCAAAUGGAGGGAUGUUUUGGGAACCUCAUGGGCCAGAGGUGACCAGGGGCCACAGCUUCUCCAUCAUCUGCUCCAUUCAGCCACAGUAUCCCAGAGGCCUCUUCUAUCUGCACUUCUCUGGUUCCAACAGAACAGAGACUAUGCCAGCAGUCAACCACUCUGCCUGCUUCCACUUCCCUGUUGCAGAGUAUACAGACCAGGGGAAAUACAGCUGCAGCUAUGGAGUCAACAUCUCCACGCGGUCAUUCAGGUCGGCUAAUAGUGAACUAGCUGUCACCAUUAGAGCCUCUAUGGUCCCCAUCAUUGCCUCUGGAGGGACUGGUGGCCUCGCACUCCUGUUUCUGCUUCUGCUUAUCUUCUGUCUAGUCAACAGGAGGACCAGGAGGAGCAGCAAGCCAUCUACAGAGACUGACCAGAGAGAAUGUACUGACAACAGACACAGAGGAGAGGACAACGAAGAGGGGGAGAACUAUGUGACUUUUGAAAACGUCUGUUACGAGAGAGGUCUGGAGAGAGGGAAGAGGGAAAAGAAGAAUGAGGAGGAGAAAGGGCACAGCUGUGGGAAAUCAGAGGAUGUCUAUGACAACGGGGAGGGAAACACUCAAAGAAAGGGUGUUUGUGGGGGGUCUCAUGAAAAAAUGAACAGUGACGAUGAUGAAGAAGAUUACGUUAAUGUCUCCGCUCAGGACAACGCUGUAACACAGGCAUGCGCGUCAGCUGGGUACAGCUCAAGAUAAAAAUUAAAUAAAAGUAGGCUGCAAAAAAAAAAUGGCUAAAAUCAUUCCAAUCCUGCAUUAAAAUGCAACAGCUGUUCAGCGUAUCGAUUGGCUAGCUUUGGGAACAUGCAGACAUUUGCCUGGCGAGAAGCUGCCAGCCUGUGUACGUUUCUCUCAGCAUUGAGCAGAGACAGAACCUGACAGUUUGCUUGGGGUCAGCUAUCUAGGCUAUUUUGAUGUUGUCAUUUGAACUUGGCCUUGUAAGCCUCGCAGCCAGCUCUUUUAUACACCGGCUACUCAUACAUUGAUGUUGACAUGGGCGGCGCAUCCAGUCGGCUAGGGGAAGAUAAGCUUACCCUAAAGCAAAUUGAAUGACAUUUGCCAAAAUUAGCUAUCUUUUAAAAAAUGUAUUUGACCUUUAUUUAACGAGGUCAAUUAGUGAGAACAAAUUCUUAUUUGCAAUGACGACCUAAUAAUGACUUGUGUCUUGUACAGAAAUGAACAACAUCAUUACAAAUACUACACCAGAGAAUAUGAUUUGACCACAGAGGAUCCUUAGCUUCUUUUAAAAAUGAGCUGUUGAUUGUUUUAACACUUUUCUCACUUACCAGCAAACGGGUGUGGUCAUUCUAAAGUAUGGUCCCUGGAGCUACGAUCAAACCGGUUUGAUUAGAACGCUUAUUUAGAACGUCCAGUUUCGACUGACGCAACAGUCAGCAUUUGAGGGAGCCACACUGUUUUUUUUCACAGAUUUUUCUUUUCAAAAGCACAGUCCUUACAAAGUUCAAAUGUCCUGAAUGUGACAAGUUUUUAAUUUUUUUAUUUCACCUUUAUUUAACCAGGUAGGCUAGUUGAGAACAAGUUCUCAUUUGCAAAUGGACCUUGCCAAGAUAAAGCAUAGCAGUGUGAACAGACAACACAGAGUUACACAUGGAGUAAAUAAGUAACAAGUCAAUAACACAGUAGAAAAAAAGAGACUCUAUAUACAUUGUGUGCAAAAGGCAUGAGGAGGUAGGCGAAUAAUUACAAUUUUGCAGAUUAACACUGGAGUGAUAAAUUAUCAGAUGGUCAUGUAUAGGUAGAGAUAUUGGUGUGCAAAAGAGCAGAAAAGUAAAUAAAUAAAAACAGUAUGGGGAAGAUGUAGGUAAAAUUGGGUGGGCUAUUUACCGAUAGACUAUGUACAGCUGCAGCGAUCGGUUAGCUGUUCAGAUAGCAGAUGUUAGAAGUUGGUGAGGGAGAUAAAAGUCUCCAACUUCAGCGAUUUUUGCAAUUCGUUCCAGUCACAGGCAGCAGAGAACUGGAACGAAAGGCGGCCAAAUGAGGCGCUGGCUUUAGGGAUGAUCAGUGAGAUACACCUGCUGGAGCGCGUGCUACGGGAAAAUCGAUUUUGUCCCCCCACACCCAACACGAUCACGACAGGCAGGUUGAAAUAUCAAAACAAACUCUGAAUCAUUAUAUUAAUUUGGGGAAAGGUCAAAAGCAUUAAACAUUUUUGGCAAUUUGGCUAGCAUGCAGUUGCUAUUUAGAUAGCUAGCUUGCUGUUGCUAGCUAAUUUGUCCUUGGAUAUACACAUUGUUAUUUUUCCUGAAAUGCACAAGGUCCUCUACUCUAACAAUUAAUCCACGCAUGAACCGAAUCGUUUCUAGUCAUCUCUCCACUUUCCAGGCUUUUUCUUCUUUGGACUUUAUAUGGCAAUUGGCAACUAACUUUCAUAAGGUGCAUUACCACAACCGACCUCCGUUAAUCUUUCAAUCACCCACGUGUGUAUAACCAAUGAGGAGAUGGCACGUGGCAUAUGCUUCUAAAAGCCAAUGAGGAGAUGGGAGAGGCAGGACUUGCAGCGCGUUCUGCACCACAAAUAGGAACAACUACUAUUUUAGUGCCUGGCAACGCAGACGCUCAUUGCCGCGUGCGAGCAGUGUGGGUACAAUGACUGAAUAACAUGUAUGUAUACAUUUACAUUCAUCUGCAUGUAACUGAGGAAAUAUUGACCCAACAAAGCGGUCAUAUUUAGAUAACUCUCGGGUGACAAAAACCACAAUAUGCAUUACCUAAUAGCAAAUACUAUUUAUAAUUCAUCACAUCACGGGUCAGCUCAACACUGAUCGAAAUAAUUUAGUAAAACUCUUUCUAGAAAUGGAAAGCAAUCCGAUGAUGGGUAGUUUGUGCGCACCGCCACAUUUUUUUUCACAUCAACCAAAGAUAAGAGGAAACAAGAUGUUUAGUCUGUUUGCUGUACACAUGUUGACAGGGGUGUGUCGUCUACGAUCAUUCACAUCCCUUCAUUCGCUUCCAGGAGUUUACCUGAAAGAUGAGUGAACCAUUCCUUCAGCUCAUUAUAACAUCUUUGGUCUGUCAGACCAGAAUGAAUUGUAUAAUAUCAACAAGCAUGGCGCCGCAAAUAGCUUAGCAUUAGCUCAUUAUAAUCAGUACAACCUUUAAAAGUAUUCUACACACAUCAUAGGUGUCCAUUACAAUCUAUGCAAUAAUCGGAAUGCAUUAUUUGUCAGCAGAACUUGAAAACAUGAAUAAAACUGUAAAUACAUUAUGCCACAUACAUACAUACAUACAUACAUACAUACAUACAUACAUACAUACAUACAUACAUACAUACUGUAUGCUACAGUGGAAACGAAAAAACAUGAUAUACAGAAAAUAAGGCACUUACUUUGAUAGGAACGUACACAUGUCCAAAGUUAUGAUUUAUAAGGAAAACAAUAAGGAAGGCCAUGCGAGUGUCAGCCAGAAAAGGUGCCAAUUUGUGCAAAACUGCACACAUCUAUCUGCAUACUUGAUCUGCGGAAACUUGUGAAGUGUGUGGGAUCCUCGAAAUGUAAAGCCUCAAACAUAAAUUGCCCGCAACGCUGAAAGGAGCUACUUCUAUGCAAAUGAAUGAGGAGGCAGAACAUACCUCAAAUCAAACUGUUGUUAGAAAAUAUUUUGAAAUUUACAAGUUGAAACAUAGCCUAUAGAUAAUUAACAGGUAGCGCGUGUUAACUGUCCUAUUGCGUAACAAUCACAUUUUGAAACAGCGAGUGCAUUCUGACAUCACAUGCAUAAAACCAUUCAUGUUGGGUCAAGUAUUUUGGCAGUAUGCAAUUUGGCCGGGGAUGCGGCAAAUAGCCUACCAAAUAGCUGAUUGUUGAGUUGCAGCAGUCAGUGAAAAUAAGUUUAAUUGGUCUAGGCCUACAUCAAUACUUCAAAAUACAAUCAUAGGAAAAAACAUAGUUUAGAAAGCAAAUGGCUAUUGCUGAAAAGAGAAGACAAAGAAAAUACUCUGAUAUGUCUCCAGUUAUCAACAUUCUCAACUCCCAAUUGAGCAAACAGUAUCUUAUUGGCCCCAGAGGAGAGCACAGGGAUGCAAACUGGCGAGGGCCCAAAAAGGUGACACUUUUUUGUUGUUGCACAAACAUGCAAAGAAUCCCUGCUUGGGGGAAAUGCAGGUUUUAACUAAUUAAACAACAAGGAAUAUGAUCUACACGAUCAGUCUGUGUGUAAAAUAAAAAGUAGUUCAUGUGAACCUAACUCUAAAAAAGAAACCAAUCCAAUGUUACAGUUGAAGUCGGAGGUUUACAUACACCUUAGCAAAAUACAUUUAAACUCCGUUUUUCACAAUUCUUGACAUGUAAUCCUAGUAAAAAUUCCCUGUCUUAGGUCAGUUAGGAUCAACACUUUAUUUUAAGAAUGUGAAAUGUCAGACUAAUAGUAGAGAGAAUUAUGUAUUUCAGCUUUUAUUUCUCUCAUCACAUUCCCAGUGGGUCAGAAGUUUACUUACACUCAAUUAGUAUUUGGUAGCAUUGCCUUUUGAAUUGUUUAACUUGGGUCAAACGUUUUGGGUAGCCUUCCACAAGCUUCCCACAAUAAGUUCGAUUAAUUUUGGCCCAUUCCUCCUGACAGAGCUGGUGUAACUGACUCAGGUUGGUAGGCCUCCUUGCUCUAACAGGCUUUUUCAGUUCUGCCCACAAAUGUUCUAUAGGAUUGAGGUCAGGGCUUUGUGAUGGCCACUCCAAUACCUUGGCUUUUUUUGUCCUUAGCCAUUUUGCAACAACUUUGGAAGUAUGCUUGGAGUCAUUGUCCAUUUGGAAGACCCAUUUGCGACCAAGCUUUAACUUCCUGACUGAUGUCUUGAGAUGAUCGUUCAAUAUAGCCACAUAAUUUUCCUACCUCAUGAUGCCAUCUAUUUUGUGAAGUGCACCAGUCCCUCCUGCAGCAAAGCACCCCCACAACAUGAUGCUGCCACCCCCGUGUUUACCGGUUGGGAUGGUGUUCUUCGGCUUGCAAGCCUCCCGCUUUUUCCUCCAAACGUAAUGAUGGUCAUUAUGGCCAAACAGUUCUAUGGAGGACGUUUCUCCAAAAAAUACGAUCUUUGUCCCCAUGUGCAGUUGCAAACCGUAAUCUGGCUUUUCUAUGGCUGUUUUGUAGCAGUGGCUUCUUCCUUGCUCAGCGGCCUUUCAGGUUAUGUCGAUAUGACUUGUUUUACUGUGGAUAUAGAUACUUUUGUACCUGUUUCCUCCAGCAUCUUCACAAGGUCCUUUACUGUUGUUCUGGGAUUGAUUUGCACUUUUCGCACCAAAGUAAGUUCAUAUCUAGGAGACAAAAUGCAUCUCCUUCCUGAGCGGUAUGAUGGCUAUGUGGUCUCAUGGUGUUUAUACUUGCGUACUAUUGUUUGUACAGAUGAACUUGGUUCCUUCAGGCAUUUGGAAAUUGCUCCCAAGGAUGAACCAGACUUGUGGAGGCCUACAAUUGUUUUAUGAGGUCUUGGAUGAUUUCUUUUCAUUUUUCCAUGAUGUCAAGCAAUGAGGCACUGAGUUUGAAGGUUGGCCUUGAAAACUACAAUUGACUCAAAUGAUGUCAAUUAGCCUAUCAGAAGCUUCUAAAGCCAUGACAUCAUUUUUUGGAAUUUUCCAAGCUGUUUAAAGGCACAGUGAAUUUAGUAUAUGUAAACUUCUGACCCACUGGAAUUGUGAUACAGUGGAUUAUAAGUCAAAUAAGCUGUCUGAACAAUUGUUGGAAAAUUACUUCUGUCAUGCACAAAGUAGAUGUCCUAACCGACUUGCCAAAACUAUAGUUUGUUAACUAUAGUUUGUGGUUGAACAACGAGUUUUAAUGACUCCAACCCAAGUGUAUGUACAUUUCCGACUUCAACUGUAAAUAUUGCACUUGGGAAAAAACAUGUUAAAGUGGAAAUAGAAUGAAACAAACAGGCAUUCUAUUUUUGCUCUAUUUUUGGGGCCAAUAUUGACAUUGAUCAAGUGCACAAGGCUACAUGUGUGCAAAAAAUAAUGUUCACUGAGUAAAAAAUGUAUAGAAUCCCCCCUCACUCACACACACACACACACACACACACACACACACACACACACACACACCUGUUACUGUCAAGUUCAACACAACAAAAACAAUAUCUUUGGGCUACACUGCACAUUAUUACCAGUGGCGGAACUACAGUUGUAUACAUGGGGUGGCCAAGGCUACUUCAGUGGGUCCAUAGACCAUGACAGAAAAUGAGUGUGUAACCCUAACCUGGCAUCUAAGGAGCAUGAAUGAAUCCUAUGAUUGCUGAUUAGAGGAAGAAGUGAUAAUUCACUGAACCCCGGAGUUCUUCAAUGUGGCAGAUAGUAAGGUCCAAAAGGGUUACUUCACUAGAAUUCAAUGUGACAGAUAGUGAGGUCCAAAAGGGUUACUUCACUAGAAUUCAAUGUGACAGAUAGUAAGGUCCAAAAGGGUUACUUCACUAGAAUUCAAUGUGACAGAUAGUAAGGUCCAAAAGGGUUACUUCACUAGAAUUCAAUGUGACAGAUAGUAAGGUCCAAAAGGGUUACUUCACUAUAAUUCUUUAACAUACUAUGAAUAGUCAGUGUUUCCAAAUUGCAGCUCAACUUCUCUCUCUCUUUCUUACACACACACACACACACACACACACACACACACACACACACACACACACACACACACACACACACACACACACACACACACACACACACACACACACUGUACUCACAUACUGGAGAGACUUUGGUCACUCUGUUUUCAUAAUCUGUGUCUAGAAGUGUUGAACAUCCAAAAUAUUUUCAGUAAAUAAAGCUCAAGCACCAAGGAGGUAAGAUAGCAUUUGUGUGUUACAGAAAUUGCAUAGCUUAUUUACUGAAAAGUACAUUUACAAUAAAACACACUGCAAUUUGACAUCCAAGCAGAAAUGGACUUGAAAAUUAAAAAAUGUUUGGUGCAGAUCAAUAUUACAAACUUACAGUGUCAUAUUUAUGCUCAUAUAUAUUAUGUUAACUAAUAGCAAAUAAAAGCUUUGGAAUUGGCCUAAUCAAGACCAAAUUAAAUCUGUGUGACAUGAUACCCUUUGGAUUUAUCAUUUUGGAAUGUCAGUGUACUAGCUAGUACACGGGGCAGAUUUCAAAUCAAAUCAAAUCACAUGUAUUUGUCACAUACACAUGGUUAGCAGAUGUUAAUGCGAGUGUAGCGAAAUGCUUGUGCUUCUAGUUCCGACAAUGCAGUAAUAACCAACAAGUAAUCUAACUAACAAUUCCUAAACUACUGUCUUAAACACAGUGUAAGGGGAUAAAGAAUAUGUACAUAAGGAUAUAUGAAUGAGUGAUGGUACAGAGCAGCAUAGGCAAGAUACAGUAGAUGGUAUCGAGUACAGUAUAUACAUAUAAGAUGAGUAUGUAAACAAAGUGGCAUAGUUAAAGUGGCUAGUGAUACAUGUAUUACAUAAGGAUGCAGUCGAUGAUAUAGAGUACAGUAUAUACGUAUGCAUAUGAGAUGAAUAAUGUAGGGUAAGUAACAUUAUAUAAGGUAGCAUUGUUUAAAGUGGCUAGUGAUAUAUUUACAUCAUUCCCUUCAAUUCCCAUUAUUAAAGUGGCUGGAGUUGAGUCAGUGUCAGUGUGUUGGCAGCGGCCACUCAAUGUUAGUGGUGGCGGUUUAACAGUCUGAUGGCCUUGAGAUAGAAGCUGUUUUUCAGUCUCUCGGUCCCAGCUUUGAUGCACCUGUACUGACCUCGCCUUCUGGAUGAUAGCGGGGUGAACAGGCAGUGGCUCGGGUGGUUGAUGUCCUUGAUGUCCUUGAUGAUCAUGACCGGAGGGACCACCUGAGGGCCAAAUUAUCCUAGGUAGAGUUAAAUAGCAUUAAAUCUGUGGUUCUGGUGAGAACUGACUAAAUGUUUCACAAAGUCAUCCAUGUUGAGGGAGCGUGCCCUUCUUGACUCAGCAAUGAGAAUUCCGAGGUGACUUAACCUGUCAUCAACCAUUGUUGUCCUAAGGUGGGUUUUAAUCCAUUUUAAACCUGAGAAACUUCUCUGGCAAAAUAAGCACUGCUGACUGGUGUAACAACAGAAAUCUUACAAAGUCGAAAUAGCUCAUGGAAGACCUCUUUAUAAGGUUCUAGAAACACAACAAAGUCAAGGAGAGUAGAUGGUCUGUCCCUUCCACUUUUCUCUCUCCUAUCAAGAAGCCGCUUGGUUUGAUGAAUCUCAUGUUUGCAAAGGCAAACAGAGGCUCCCCAUUCAAUAAUGUUGUACUCUUUGGGUUGGGAGACUGGACCCCUUGCAUCAUCUUGCAAUUCUUCUUUGAAAAACGCCUCUGCAGCUCCGAGACUGUCAAGCACCUGAUAAAAGAUAGCUCUUUGGAAGCUCUCACCAUCACUUGGGUCACGAUUUUUCUGUCCUACAGUGCUCAUCAUCAAUGAGUCGUGAAAUCUUGAGCUUGUUUUAGGUUGUCUCUUAUACACUGUUUGUACACUUAUUUUGCAGUGCUCUGCCAUCUCUCCGACCUCUUUCCAUAAUUCUCCAAAGUAAUCCUCACUUCUGUAGUCCUUGAAUGUAUCUGGAAGGGCACCUACUAGAUCCACAGCCCUUGAGGGGUCUGAAUACUUUCAGAAUGCAUUGUGUAUAGGUAAGAGUCUAGCCUCAUUUUCACAUAUUAUACAUUUCACAUUUUGUCCGAAAGUUGUUUUCAUUGCAAUUUAAAGCGUUCUGUUUGCUAGCUAGCGAACAUUAGCUUGCUGGCUCGCUAGCAAACAUCACAUGUAUGAUUUGGGUAGUAAUAGUAUUAGUAUCUCAGAAAUCUAUUUGCAUUGCUAGUUAUAGGAUCAUUUGAGCUAACUAGUUAACAUUGAACCGAGUUGGUUAGCUUUAGCUACCUGCAGAUUCAUACUACAGCAUUUCAUGCAUGGUGGCUAGCUAUGACAAUCUGUUUGUAUUGCUAGUAGUAUGGGUUGAAAUUAUGGUGAAUUGUUUUGCUAGAUAGCUACAUGUCUAAACAAAAGACUCCACUUCGCCAGAUCAUUACAUGACCCAUCAAGUUAGCCAGGUGUGUCUGGGGUGAUUAUGUCCAUCUAAUGUAUUUCAUGAAUAUGUGUCCAUGUCUAGUGCUGGUGAGUAUUUCUCUCUGUAAUAAAGCCCUUUGUGGGGAAACUCAUUCUGAUUGACUGGGACUUCCCAGCGUGUGGGCCUGAUUUCCAAGUGGCUGGGCCCAUGUCCUCCCUGACCCACCCAUAGAUUAGAUCCUAAUGAAUUAAUUUCAAUUAACUCAUUUCCUUCUAUGAACUGAAACUCGGUUAAAUCUUUGAAAUUGCUGCAUGUUGUGUUCAUAUUUUUGUUCAGUAUAGAUGUGGCUGAGGGGUGGUUAUAGCAUUUCU